AUGCCUGGAAACCAGUAUGGCGCGCUGGGCGCAACCUUCCAGAUUGUCCGCAUCUUCCAGGCCAUGUCUCUCAUUGCGAUCAUUGGCAUGACCGCAAACUUCAUCGCGGAGAUGGUCUCCAAUAAUCUGACCCCGCCCAAUGUUCUCGUUGGUGUGAUCAGCGUGACUUGCAUCGCCGUUCUCUACUGCGCACUCACUUUCAUCCUCUUCAUCGACAACAUCUUGCCGUUCCUUAUCAAUGCGGCGAUGGACGGGCUUCUGCUGAUUGCGGUCAUCGUUGUAGCGGUGGUGGUCGGCAAGCCGCUCUCUUAUCUGAACUGCAACGUGAUCGGCAAGGUGACCGGCAGCGACUCGUCCGCAUAUGCCUUUGCCACCAAUCUGGGCAACUACCUGAACAAAGAGGGCGGCACUAUUGUCUACAGCGAAUUCAUCGGCGCCUCCAAGGCGGUCUGCCUUGAAAUGAAGUCAAUCUGGGGGCUCAGCAUCGCGUUGUGGUAA